AUGUUUGAAGAGAGCAGCAGCAAAUUAAGAAAGAGCGCAAAAGAGAUAAAAAGCAUGGAAACUUCAAAUGGAAAAAGCAUCCAAAAUAUGGACAAAGAGUGUACAGAUAUUAUCGAAGACGCCUUCAACCCAAUCAAAUGCACGGCUUGGCAGUCAAAGAAAAACUUGGUCGACCGGAUAGAAGAAGAUCAUCCGACGCACAAAAGCAUCGAGUACAAAAUCAUAGAAAAAAAAAACCAUCUUCCGCCCAUAGGAAAAGGCCUGCAAGAUAAAAACAGAGGAAAGUACAUUCUGCUGAACAGCAUAAAAAUAGAGUCAAUUUCCACGGGAAGCUCGCCGGACACACAGAGGGACCAGUUUUUCGAAGAGGUCCAGGCAUUUGCCAAGAAGCGCGGGAUAUCUUCUGCAGGGAAUCUCAUAUGCGCAAUUUCCAAGGACCAGGAGGGAAGCAGAUUUAUCCAGAAGAAGCUCGACACUGCAAGCGCAGAGGAGAUAGCAAUGACUUUCCAGGAGAUAUGCCCGUGGAUUGGCGAUCUGAUUGUUGAUUUAUUUGGAAACUAUGUGGUGCAGAAGUUCUUGGAGAUAGGAACAGGUGAGCAGCGGGGAAAGAUCUUCCAGGCGAUGGAGGGCUCGGUUAUUUCGCUGGCUCUGCACAUGUACGGGUGCCGGGUGAUACAGAAAGCGCUGGAGUGCAAGGAUAUAAAUAGAAAGAUUGUAGAAAAGAUAAAGGGGCACGUGAUUGACCUCGUGUGCGACCAGAAUGGAAACCACGUAGUGCAGAAGUGCGUUGAGUGUGUGGACUCUGACUUUGUGAUCAAAGAGUUUGAAGAAGACGCAGUGUCUCUCAGCCGGCACCGGUACGGGUGCAGAGUCAUCCAGAGAAUAUUUGAGAACAGCACAAAGUGUGCAAGCGCAGUGGAUAAGAUAAUCAACAACGCAAAGCUUUUGGUAGAGGACCAGUACGGGAACUACGUAAUCCAGCACAUUCUGGAGAAGGGGACGCAUGCACACAAAAGGAAAAUAAUCUCAGACUUAUCGGACAACAUUGCAGAGUACAGCACGCACAAGUUUGCAUCGAAUGUGAUGGAGAAGUGCGUGGUGUGCGGGACGCCAGAGGACAGGAAGCACAUGCUAAGACAGCUGAGAUCGGCAGUGGGGGCCUCGGGGGAGGACAUUCUCAUAUACAUAACAAUGGACAAGUUUGGAAACUAUGUCAUACAGAGACUUCUUGACGUUUUAACCGGGGCUGAUAAGGAAAUCCUUAUCUCGCACCUUAAGAUGAACAUGUCAGAUCUAAAGAAAAGCUCUUAUGCCAAAUGCAUUGUAUCGAAGAUUGCGCUUUUAGAGGCUAAAAAGGAAUAA